AUGCCUCCCUUGGGAGGCUGCGAGCGUGGACGUAAUCCCGCCUGCGGAAAAGGAAGGACACGAAAGCCGGAGAAAAGUUCGUCGUACCGGGAGGAUCUGCCCAGACACCUCAAGCAGUCCGAGCUCUUCAGGGAAGCCGGAGAAUACCUGACCCCGUGGCACGUUCGCUGCUGCAGCUCGGAGCCGGGCGACCCGCGGCUUGACGCAGGUGUUUUUCUAAAGCGUGCCGAGCUAGGUACCAGCGGAAUUUCUGACACGGCUGAAACAGGAGCCGUACCGGCCAUCGAACUCGCCGACGCCAAAACGACCGUGGGGAUCUUAGGCAUCCGUCUGAUAUACGACAACGACAAGCCGGAGAUAUACAAGCGCCUACUGCAGCGGCCCGACUACAAGCUCCAGGUGUCGCGCGGGACAAGGCGUCGAGCAAGCACCUCGAGUCGACGAGACGAUAUUCGCAGACAGCGUACAUACCGCUUCAGCGACAGACAGGUCAUGAAAAUACCGGCUCGUGCCGUCGACGGUAGACGCAGAGGAGCUUGGGCGCGAGAAAAGGUGAAGCCGGAGUACGCCGACGACAUCUUGCACCGGUGGCUGCGGAACCUUCCCUUCCACGCGAACCACGACGCCGAGUUCCUGUUCGAGGUGGCAUGCUUCUCGAGAACCUGGGCGACCAAAGCCCGUCGAGUACGCCGGCCGCGCCUGGGACAGAGAAGAAAUACCCCCUGGCAGCCGGGUCGCCGAGCUCAUCAUUCCUAAACAGGAAAGUUUCAGCUAGAUGCGCGAGGAAAAUCGUUCUGGGAGGAUCACAUGAGGCCUGACCCGGUGGGUAUCGCACAAUUCUUUUUUUUUCCUUGUUUCCGCUACCAGAGUGAACCAUGUUUUCCGUUUUCCCCUCUUCUUUCACCUUGCCGAGUUAGGGAACUCAUGGAAAAUAACGCAGUCCCUAUAAGUCCGAUAUACGUAAUUGCUGAUUCCAGAUGCAAGUGGCAUGGUCUCGUGACGCUUCGGUCUUUGGGCAGCUCGAACCGCUUAUGAAGAGUUUGUAAGUGAAACUCUAUGGGGACUUGAGUUAUGACUCGCAUCCCACGAUGGCCCUAAUAGUAUACCCAGCUAGUAGUUCCUUGAGUCGCAGGAUGAAUGCGACGGAGGAGAUUAAUGUCAGAAGCAUCGACCCAAUACCGGGUUGAUUCAACACGUCCAGCCAACCGCUCUAAAAUACCGCAAUUCCUUAUUGCGGUAUAGCUGAGGUUGCAUUGAGAGCUCAAAAAAGGUUUGUAAGAGAAAUUCAGGCGUGCAGGUUGGUUAGAG